GAGUUUAGUCUAGUGAAUCUUUUGCGUCUUUCACCGUUUUGUGCAGUAAAGUUAGUCACUCUAAUAGUCGUACAUUAUAAAAAACUGCAAUGGAAUUCAUGUACAGUCAGAAUGGUAAAAAGUUAUUAAUAGUUGAUAAAUAUAAUUUUUUUUUACACUAUACUGCAAAAAGUGGCCAAAAAACUUGGCGUUGUAUUAAUAAUAAGUGUCAUAGUAAAAUUUGCACAAAUAAUACAGAGGAUGAAAUUUUUGAAAAAAAUGUAGUUCCAAUUCACACUCAUGAUGAAGAUACUAUAUUAAAUCGCCAAGAAGUCAAUAAUUCACUGAAAAGGAAAUAGAUCAUUUGGAUCCAUCUCGUACAUUAUUGGACACUGGACACAUUAUUGCUUAUACAGCAGUUACCUACCAUACGCGUGUUUCGUUUCUUCAAUUGCGAAAACAGACAAAAUGUACAAUUUCCCGAUAAUGAUAUUCUUGGCCGCGGCGUUGGUGUGCGCGUGUUCCAUGGCCGGAGCGUUCCCGACCAAGGUGGAAAAACCGAAGGCGCCGCUGGCUCGUUUGCUGAAAAACGAAUACGUCCGAGGAACCGACGGACAGUUCACUCUUAAUUACCAGCUGGACGACGGGACAUCGAACAAUGUGGAAGGAACGUUGGUAUUGAACGACGAAGGAGACGAUUACGUGAUGAUCCAAAAAGGUUCAUAUUCGUACAUAUCUCCUGAGGGAAUCGAAGUCAGUGUUUCGUACACGGCCGACAAGGAUGGUUUCCAAGUGAUCAAAAACUUGAAUCCACCCAAGAACUAUGCUUCUACCCCGGCAGUUUAAAACAUAAUAUACAUAUUACUGCUAAUAUUUUAUAACAAUUUCAAUCGUCCCGGAGAUAAUGUUAUACGCACAUAUAAACGAUUUUCUCACGUAUUGUAACACAUAUGUAUGAUUGUAGUCGGCCACCAUAAUUUUAGUAUUUAAUAACAAAUAUGUCAUUUUCGUAACAAUAAAAAUUACCAACAAAAGA